AUCGAACGUUAAACAAAGAUGACAUGACACCCGAGGAACACCCGGGUGGGAAUCCGAACGCAGCCUAGAGCUAUAGAUCUGUUUGCUUGAAUCCCCAAAAAUUUUUGAACUUAAAAUGAGAUAGAUACAUAUUUGGGCGUUGAAAAGAGAGAAAGCGAAGAUGCCGAAUGCAAAAAGUACAAACAACGUGAACAGACCUACGAUGUAAUCGGUAACAUAGUUAAAAUGCAAUUGGUAAAUGAAUUAAUCAGCCAAUUAAAGCCCGUAAAUCAUAACGAUGAAUGGCGGACAUCGUAUGAUAAAUGUCGUAGUGUGAAUCCUACAUUUCAAGUGAUUUCAAGUUGGGCUCGUUUAGAGUAAUCUCGAGCAGCUCCUGAGAGAAAACGAACAAUACUUAAGUAAACAUUAUGAGGUCUAUUCUUUGUGACUGAACUGGGCUGAACUAAUGCACUUCUGGAAUUUAAAGUGAGAUAGAUAUAUAUUUAAUAUUUGACGAAAACACAAGAAAGAGAAUUCUGGUGCAGUUUAGUGCAGUAAUAAAAAAGAAGAUAUAAACGAAAAUGUCUUGGCUCUUUGGCAAAAAGAAGCAUAAGGAUUCACCUCCCGAAAGGGAUGAGCAAGAGGAACAACCUGCCACAGAUCUGGGGGAUGAAUUCAUAGUAAUUGAAAGAAGAAGGCCUUCUUUGCCACCUAAUGUUGGUGACCACAAUACUUUUUAUCCUAAUAGAUUAUAUCCAUUUAUUGAUGGAACGGCAAUGAACCCUACAAUAUCAGAUGGUAAUUUACCAAAACUGACUCAACAACUUGAUGCUCCACAUUAUCUAAGUGAUGUACCAUUUAAGUUAUGUAAACAAUUGCAAAGUAACAUGAAUAGUGAUUUGGAGAUAGACAGUCUACGAAUUAGCGAAAUAAUGUCUUUCAUUGAAAGAUUAGAGAAUCAGAAUUACAAUUAUGAUUUCUCUCUUGAAACUGGAGUCAUUACAGAAAUGGAUAGCAGAACUACCGACUGACUUGAAACUUUUUUAAGUCUUAUUUUUAUAUAUGUAAUGAGAAUGUAAAUUUUACAAAUCAAACUUAUAGCCCGUAAGAGUUCGCACUGAUUUGAGUUGGAUUAAUGAUUGCUUAGCUCUCCGAUUGAUAGAAUAUGUCAAUAGUAGAGCAUUAAUCCAAUCCAAAUAUAAACUCUAAAAUGCUAUUAGAUGUAUACACAUGUAUCUUUUAAUUAUAUACACAUGUAAUAAAAUUCAUUUUAAAAAAGCAAA